AUGUUUUCCAAUCUUAUGAAUAGUCGCAAAGGCUCUGGCGAUCGCACCAAUCAUCGACUGUCCGGCUCGAGUCAGCCUGUUACCGCCGAGCGUAUCCGUCAUCCUCAGCAUGUGUACGCACAAGAAAGUCCUAUGUCGCCUUCGUACGAUUCCAGCGGGCAAGGCUCGUUCAUGUCACGCCAGGACGGCGCAGGAUCUGCUGCAGCCCCAGCUUGGAACAGCCCCGGAAGCACAGACCAAUACUCGCGCUCAACCGCACAACUACCAGAGGAGAUGCGUGCCAGAGAAAAGCAGAGACAAGCAGAACGAGAUCGAGAGCGACGAGAGCGUCAGUCUAGUCAAUCAUCCAUAAACACGACCAGCUCAGCUCCUUCUGUCCCUUCGGCCAUCGCGCAGGACUCUACCGCAAAGUUCUCUUCAAGCCACAUGGAAUCUUCAGUGACACGUCUGCUCGUCGCGACCAAGAUGCUGCUCGAGUCACUCACCAAAUGGUCAGUGGGACAGCGCAGCGAAGAAAAUGUUUCCGACAUCUACGUCAGGCUCGGUAAUGACUUCAACUCGGCUAAGCUGGCAUUCGGCUCGUAUGGCAUUGACAUGAGCGAUCUCAAUUCGGUACCUGAUGACCUUCGUGACUGUCUCGAGCACUGCUUGUCAGAGGAAGCAUCCCCUGCUGUUCUCGAGGUGCAUCUACCGCGCAUUCGCGAAAUCAUCAUCAACCUUUUGCAGGGUCUCAAGAUGAAGCAAGCCGAGUACAAGCAAUUUUUGGUGCAGCAACGUGUAGCAAAGGAGGCUAAACGGUCAAGCAUCCUACCGGAAGCACUCCUGGCGUCGACUCCAGCUCCACCAUCACGACAGCAGCAGCAGCAGCAGCAGCAGCAGAAACCGUCGGCAAAUCGCGUCCUUGGCCCUCGCGCGUCUCGGCAAGGUUUCAGCGAGACCACCGCAUCAACGCUGGCAGAAGCGCAGGCUGGACCCGCUCCCACAAACAUCUCCUUGCAACGUCCCGACUCUCUGCAGCGCGCCAGCUCAGCCAGCGCGACAUUGCGUUCGGAUUCCGGUGGCGAUGCCGACUCGUCAACAACCUCUCCUGCGAACGUUGCAGGUGGCCGUGGAAGUGUUUUCCGCCCACCAAGUCGCGUUUCACGAGCGGCAAGCGAUCGAUCGGCAGGCAAAGGACCGAGUGAGCAGCACUCGCCCGCCUUGGCCUCAGUCUCCGCUUUAACAGCAUCAGAUGCAUCAGAAUCCGAACCAGGGAGCACAACGCCUCGCUUGCCGAAUGUCGAACGCCAUUCUCUGACUGAUGACGGUCUGCCAAGUGUGGUCGGUGGCGAGGCAGCGUUGCAUGAAGAGCAAAGCAUAGGCGAUCAGCCUGGCCCGCUCAACAACAUGACGCCGCAGUGUCUGAGCACGCGAUCGCCUCGACACACGCCCAAGUCUUCCUCUGUCGACACUGCUGCUGACUUUACGGAACACGACCCGAGCGUGAGGGCGCUCAAGAACCGAGAUGCUUUGGAGCGUCGAGCAAGCAAGCGCUUUAGCGCGUAUACGUUCAACAAGAUGGGCAUUGGGCAGAGCUUCACUCAAGGUAUGGGAAUCAACAUGUUUUCCACGAGCGGCGGCGGUGCCGCUAGUCCACUUGCUGAGCGCAGACCGACUGAAAGACGAGGCAGUGGAGCACGUCGGACCGUUCGGCCACCACUUCCCGAGGCGAGUCUAGCACUAGAAGGCGCCACAAGUCCCGUGUUUUCAAGAACGACCGACUACCUCAGUUCGUCCACCAGCAGCAACAGUAUCAGCACCGCGCGUCCACUGCCUCGCUCCAAGAGUACAACUGCCAUUGAGAGCAAGUUCGAGUCGAUUCAAGAGGUCAAAACUCCCACCUCAUCCACCUUUGGCUUAGACGCACGCACACUCCCACCUGGCCGCAGCAUCAUAGAUUCGGAAAAGCCGGCGUCUGCUGAGACAGUAAACGUUUCAACCAAGCAGUUGAAUUUGCUUCCGCCUGUCGCGCCUUCGGCCCCGCGCGUCGCUUCGCAGGCUGUCAGCUCCACCGAAUCGCUUCCCUUUUUGGAUGCGCACGCCCCUCCAUCCGAAUCGGGUGAUCUGGCAGCAGAGGCGCAACACCUGGACAGCAAGAAUGGUGCUGGGUCUGCCGCUACCGUCGACGCCAUCGACGCCGCGAUCCCCGCAACGCCGCGGGCCUGCUCCAGCGACGCGACAAGCUCAAUCAACGUCUUUCUCCAACUUGGUCGCCAGACGCGCAAAGCUGUCAUUGAGCUUGACGCCUCCAAUCCUCUUACACGAGGUAUCAGUGUCGCGAGAUUGCGCAUGCUCUUCAUCGAUCGCUUCGCAUACUCGCCCGGCAUGGACGACUUUCCGACUAUUUACGUCAAAGACCCCGCCAGCGGUGUUACGUAUGAGCUCGAGGAUCUGAGCGACGUACAGGAGGGCAGCUUGCUUACCCUCAACAUUGAGCCGCUCGACCAGGUCAAGCAGCAUCUUGAUCUGUCGCUGGGCACUAUCUCUCGAGAAAUUCGCGAGCUCAAGGCAACCCUCGCCGAGCGCGAUCGCGAUCGUGAUGUGCGUCGCACGUCGUUUGUCAACAGUGAAGCUUUCUUGACAGCUCAUCCAACUCCCACCAAGAUCAGCGACUCGCAGUUUCAGGCCGCUGGUCAGCGCGUUGCGCAGCUGAAACGCGCCAACACGCGUGCGGCAGCAGUCAAUCAUGAAGACUCUUCCGCGCAGGACCCGAGCUCGAGUAACACAGCAGCAGCACCAGGAUCGUCUUCGUCGUCCGCGUUGGCAGGCUCACGCAUCGCACACGAGCUCAAAGUUCAAUUCGAGGAGCUGCAAAACCUUCGUCGCGAGUUUGCCAUCACUCGUCAACUGCAGACCGACUUUGAAGGCGAUGUCAAGUCUAUCCUUGCCACCGUCCGCGAACAGUCUGGUGCUGUACGGGCGAUUGCCUCGACGAAAGUGGCUGCCGAGCGCAAUUUCAUUGUCGCUGGUAAAUCGCGCCUGGAUGCUCAAUCGCAGGACCUGCUUACGCUGAUCGAAGAUCUGCAGGACACGGUAGACGAUCUACGCGUCGAUGUGAUCCAACGCGGUGUGAAACCCAGGCCUGUUCUGGUCAAGCAGAUUGUCGAGGAUGUGGGUCGCGCCACCAAAGGUCUGUUGGAGCUCGAAGGGUACGUGCAGACGGUCAAGCCAAGCUGGAAAAAGACGUGGGAGUCCGAGUUGCAAAACAUUGUCGACGAGCAAGAGUUUCUCAACCACGAAGAAGGGUUGCUGUCGGAUUUGCGCGACGACCUGCGCUCGCUCAAAGAGGUGUUCAGCAAUAUUCAGCAGGUAGUCAAGCUGCGUGGAGGAUCUGGCAAGGGUGGCAAGUACAUUCCACCGCUACCGGAGGAGGGGCAUGAGGGCCUUUCCACCGUCAUGAUGGAGGUCAAAUCGCAAGCUGUCAAUCAUGAAAAACGCCUACGUGCGCUGCAGGCUGUUGAGCGUCAGAGGCAAAAGGAUCUUUUGGCGUCCAAGACCAACGACGAGUUCACCGAGGAGCUGGCUGGAUUCGUGGACAAGAAAGUGCUUCGAAAGACAGGCGGUGUGUUGGAGGCCGAGAGGAUCAGGCAGAAGCGAGACCAUGCAACAUGGAAGGCCAUGUUUGGCGGCGGUGGACCAGGCGGCAUCCCGAUGACUUCGAGCGGGAGCGGCGGAGUAGAAGUGAAACCCAAGAAGUUGAUUCUUGGCAGCAGCAAGGAUAAGCCUACUGUGGCUGCCGGUGUAGACGUAAGGCGUACUGCAAACACGAGUGCUGGCGCAGCCGACGACGAUACCACGCUGUAG